UCUACCCCGCUUCUUCCACUUAUAUUCAACCCCCUUCUCUAACAUGCCUGUCCCUUUUGAAGCUCUUCUUCCUUUUGCCUUGAUUGCUGGUAUGUUCACCAUUACCGGUACUGGCUUAAAUGUGGUCAGAUACUAUUCCAACGAUAGAAAGCCUGGAAGAUACGGUCUUGAUAUCUGGGAAAGACAAAUGAUGGAACGCGAUAGACGUUUGACUGGUUCACUUAGAGGACAAAGUGAUGAACCUAUUGCACCAGCAGCUUUCAGUACCAAUAGUAUUUGGUAUUUGGAAAAGCACAGAAACCACUAAGAACCUCGACCUUCAGCUUUUUAAUUAAAUAAAAAAAAAAG